UUGUUCAUCCUGUGAAAAAUAAGAUAGAAAGCAAUUACUUUAGCGUGUUGCAAUAACGGUUCCAAAAAGCAAUCAAUUGUAGUGGCCAUGGUGCGUUUAACACGUAAAGAACGUCAGGAUAAAGUAAAUCUAUUGGCGAGCAUCAAUAAAGUAAACAUUGGCGAUGAGGUUGAGGCGACCGAUAAUGAUGGCUAUAAACAUGCAGUUGAUGGCAAAAAUUUGUCAGAUCAUUCAAGUACUGAUGAAAUAUUCCUAAAAGGUCUCCUACUAAGUAAUCCAUCAACACCCAACAAGGAACUGUUGUUAAAUCCAACAGAACCCCAGCCUGUACCAGCUUUUUUGCCAGCUCAUUUAAAUAAUAAACCAAUCUGUGACGAUAUAAUACGAAAAUUUUCACCCUCCAGACGUUUGGAAUCGCGAGAAUUAGCUAAACUUUUAGCACAACCACAUUUUAGGGCCCUCAUUCGUGCCCAUGAUGAAAUAGGUUAUCUCUACGAAGCCCGUUUAAAAGCUGCUGGUGGUUCUCUCACAAAACUCGAAACGAUAUCGCAACGUCAAACUGGUGGCUAUCUCUUUCCUACCGAACUCAUAAACACACCGAUGCCUGUUGAAACCAUUAAAAUGGUUGGAUUGCGUCGCAAUCCCAAUCAACCCUUAGGACUAACCGUCGAAAUAGACGAACACAAACAAUUGGUUGUGGCUCGAAUAAUGGCCGGUGGUGUCAUAGACAAACAGGGCUUGCUGCAUCGUGGCGAUGUGAUAUUGGAAGUUAAUGGCACGCCCGUGCGUACUCCCGAAGACUUACAGGUGGAGGUGUCGCGUGCCAAGGAGAAUUUAACAUUGAAGAUUGGUCCCAAUCUGGAUGAGGAAAUACGUUCGUCACGCUUGAUAAGUGGCCAGGUAAAACAAAAUGGUGUUGCUAAAAUUGAGCCAGGCAAGAAAUUGACGUGUUACAUGCGUGCCUUAUUUUCCUAUAAUCCUUCAGAAGACUCUUUACUGCCCUGCAAGGAUAUUGGUUUGUCAUUCAAAUCCGGAGAUAUAUUACAGAUUAUUAAUGUAAAAGAUCCCAAUUGGUGGCAAGCCAAAAAUAUAACUGCUCAAAGUGAUCAAAUCGGUUUGAUACCAUCACAAGAAUUGGAAGAGAGACGUAAAGCUUUUGUGGCGCCUGAAGCAGAUUAUGUGCACAAAAUUGGUAUUUGUGGUACAAGGAUCUCAAAACGCAAACGUAAAACCAUGUAUCGUUCCGUAGCUAAUUGUGAAUUCGAUAAAGCUGAAUUAAUGUUGUACGAAGAAGUAACACGUAUGCCACCAUUCCGCAGAAAAACUUUGGUAUUAAUUGGUGUGUCCGGUGUUGGCAGGCGUACUCUUAAAAAUCGUUUAACUAACAGUGAUCCAGAUCGUUUUGGUUAUGUUUUACCUCAUACAACACGCCCCAAAAGAGCUUUGGAAGAGAAUGGCGUUAGUUAUUGGUUUGUGGAACGUGAAUGGAUGGAGCAGGAAAUCAAGGAGAAUAGAUUUUUGGAAUAUGGUGAAAAUAAUGGCAAUUUAUAUGGGACACAUGUGCAGUCGAUAAAAGAUGUUAUAAAUAGCGGAAAAAUGUGUGUUUUGGAUUGUGCUCCAAAUGCUUUGAAAAUUCUACACAAUAGUCAAGACUUGAUGCCAUUUGUUAUAUUUGUUGGAGCUCCUGGCAUGGAGCAAUUGAAAUUAAUUUAUAAUGAACGCCGUGCAACAGGUUCUAAUAAAAAUUUAACGUUCGAUCGUCAAAGUUCCAUACGUUUCAGUUCCAGACGUGCCCGUACCUUGGAAUCUCUUGCAUCUUUAUACGAGGAUGAUGAUUUAAUAGCCACUGUUGAGGAGAGUGCAUUUGUACAACGAAAAUAUGAAAAGUAUUUUGAUAUGGUCAUAAUCAAUGAAGAUUUCGAUGAUACGUUCCGUCAAGUGGUCGAAACCUUAGAUGAAAUGAGCCAUCAAGAGCAAUGGGUGCCAGUUAAUUGGAUCUAUUGAAAUGCCUGAAAUAAAAACAAAAUACCACCAAUAAAAAUAUACAACACACACAUAUUCAAAUCAAGAAACGAAUAAUUUUUAUUUAAAAUAAAUAACCAACCAACUGCUGCUUCCUUUACAAAAUGCUCUUAAAUGGCUAGCAAGAAUAAUAAUAAUAAUAAAAAGCAAAACUACAUAAUUAUACCAUAAAAAAAAUAAAACAAAAGCUGAAGUUUACUACUCUAAACAAAGUGUUCUUAAUUGUUAACCUACUACAUUUUAUAGCUUUUAAUGUUAAAACUAACAAUUAAUUAGUUUUUUAAAUAAAUUUUUGUUUUAUGUUGGCUAAAAUUGUAGUAAAUAUUCUGUGUAUUAGUAAAUAAUUUAUAUACAAUAUUUACUGAAUUAAAAAUGCAGUUGUUAAAUUAUUUGUUAUAUUUAUUUAACGUACAUACAUACAUACCAUCUCUUCAUACAAAAUUUAUUUGUAUUUUUUUAUAAUAAAAAAAACCUACAUUUUACUUAUAUAAAUAUAUAGUGUAUACAUAUAUAAUUUUUUAAACUAUCUGUAACGAAUUCGUCCAUUUUACAAUUUAAUUGUUGCAAUUUUAUUUAUAUUUUUUAUAGUAUUUUUAUUUUUCUUUAAUUUUUUUUACUGAUUAAGUACAAUUUGUAUUUUUUUUUAUAUUAUAAUGUAAUGUCCUUUUUUUAGUUUUAUUGUUUAAAUUUUUUUGUUUGUUUUAAAAAUCUAAUGAUUUUUUUAUACAAUAUAACUGUAAUUAUAUAAAUUUUAUUCAUACAUAAAUACUUACUGUAAUAGAAAACACAAAUAAAAUCUUUUUUUU